AUGUCCGAAGAAUUGCAAGACGAAGUCGAAGCCAUCAACUCCAUCUACGGCGACGGCAGCCUCAUUCCAUCAGAGGACGAUCCUUCAGUCUUCGUUCUCAAACUCCCUGGCGACGCAUCCUCGCUACGUCUCAAGUUUCCUUCGGAUUACCCCUCCAAACCCCCAACUAUCCUCGGCACGCACCACAGCUCGGGCGGCGUCAAGGGCGCUGGCGCUCGUGACUUGGCCAUCUUUCGUGAUGCAGUGAGUGAAGUCUUUCAGGAGGGCUUGGUAUGUCUGUUCGACGCAGUGGAGGAGUUUAAUCGUCGUGCGGAGGAGCAAAAUCCUGAGCCGGAAGAAACUCAGCCGCAGACUGUUUCUCCUCUUGAGGAAGAAUACGAGGAAGAACCAGACUUUCCACCGCCAGAAUGGAUUCUCUCCGACCUUGUCACAGAGUCAAAGUCAACAUUCUUAGCACACGUCGCGCGCGUGACAUCGCCCGAGCAGGCCCGGUACUACGUCCAGCUCCUCCUGGCAUCAGACAAGCGCAUCCGGGGCGCCACGCAUAACAUGACAGCGUGGCGGAUCCGGGGUCCCGGGGCGGCGAGUUUCCAGGACUGCGACGACGACGGUGAGGCUGCUGCGGGGGGCAGGAUGCUGCAUCUGAUGCAGGUCAUGGACGUGUGGGAUGCCAUGGUGGUGGUGACGAGGUGGUACGGCGGUGUUCAGCUGGGGCCUAGAAGGUUCGCGCUCAUCAACGCCGUGGCAAGGGAUGGGUUUGUCAAGGCCGGGCUGGUGAAGGAGGAGAAGCAAGAGAAGAAGAAAGGAAAGUGA